ACCUUCUCCUCUCGGUCUAUAUCUUUAGUCUUCUUCCUCUGGCUUCACAUUUGAAAGUUGAACAAUACCAGUGUCCACCCUUUACACCUCUCAAUCUCAAACAAACAAAAAACCGAAGGAAAAAUUAAAAAAAGCCAGAAAGAUGUCGUGGCAAACGUACGUUGAUGAUCACUUGAUGUGCGAGAUGGAUGGUCUGCACCUCACUGCUGCAGCUAUCAUCGGCCAUGAUGGCACCGUUUGGGCCCAGAGCGCUAAUUUCCCUCAGUUUAAGCCUGAGGAAAUAACAGGCAUUAUGAAUGACUUUGCUGAACCUGGGACUCUUGCGCCAACCGGCUUAUUCCUUGGUGGUGUGAAAUAUAUGGUGAUCCAAGGUGAACCUGGAGCCGUCAUACGAGGAAAGAAGGGUUCUGGUGGUGUUACCGUCAAGAAGACCAAUCAGGCCUUGGUAAUUGGUAUAUAUGAUGAGCCUAUGACUCCUGGUCAGUGCAACAUGAUUGUUGAAAGGCUGGGUGAUUAUCUAAUUGACCAAGGUCUCUAAGUGCUUAAGGAUUUUAUUGAUAAUGGAGAAUUAAGUGUUGAGAGUUAAAAGUGUUAUGGUGCUUGGGGAUUUGAGAGACAUGGUUGCUCAAAGACAUUUGAAUGAAUUGUGUUGAUUUAUAAUGAAAUCAAGAAUAUUAUCUGUAAGGGAGUUGUGAGGUUUUUGUGAUGUGAGUGAAAGUGUUUUUGUUAGACUAAUAUGUUUGUUGUUUCUCGUUGCAUGUCUGUUUAGGAGCCAACUCCUGAUCUACCACCUUGUGGAAGUUGCAGUCCCGGAUAGGUUUUGAUCAUGCCUAAUUUGUUUAUCACACUAUUCAGUCUUCGGAUUAUAAGGAAAAACUAUUCGUUAAA